AUGCGAGGCAUCGCCCCUCCUCCCUCCGGCCAGCCAGUGCGCAGCCCGACCCACGGCGCCGCCUGUUGGUGUUCCCCCGCCACGCCUGACCACGGUGUUCUCCUCUCUCUGCAGGAUGGCUCUCGCCAGAGGCCGGUGCAGAAGAAGAAGACGGUGUCCUUCAGCACCAUGCCCAACGACCGGAAGAUCAACAGCACGGCCGCCUGCAUCUCCUUCAUGCUGGAGGGCUGCGAGAUGAAGAAGGUGCGCUCCAACUCGCGCAUGUACAGCCGCUUCUUCCUGCUGGAGCCCGACAUGCGCUGUCUGCGCUGGGAGCCGUCCAAGAAAGACUCGGAGAAGGCCAAGAUCGAGAUCAAGUCGGUCAAGGAGGUGCGGGUGGGGAAGAAAACCCCCGUGCUGCGCAGCAACGGCCUCUCCGACCAGUUCCCGGAUGAGUGCGCCUUCUCCAUCAUCUACGGCGAGAAGUACGAGUCCCUGGACCUGGUGGCUAGCUCGGCCGACGUGGUGAAUGCCUGGGUGAUGGGGCUGAGGUACUUGGUGUCCUACGGGAAGCACACGCCGGAGGCGCCAGAGGCGGGCCAUCCCAGCCUCCGGACCGCCUGGAUCUCCUCGGUCUUCGACGUCGCCGACCUGGAGAAGGCGGGGCGGAUCCCCGUGGCCCGGGCCGUGCAGCUCAUCAAGGCCCUGAACCCGGGCAUGAAGGCCUCCACCAUCGAGCAGAAGUUCAAGGAGAUGCAGAAGGCCGGGGAGCGGUCGGGGAGCGACGUCGCCUGCGACCUUUUCGUGGAGGCCUACUGCGAUCUCUGCACCCGGCCCGAGAUCUUCUUCCUCCUGGUCCAGUUCUCCAGCAACAAGGAGUCGCUGAGCCUGAAGGACCUGCUCACCUUCCUGGAGGUGGAGCAGGGCAUGGAGGGGGUGACGGAGGAGAUGUGCCUGGAGAUCAUUGGCAAAUACGAGCCCUCCAGCGAGGGCCGGGAGAAGGGCUACCUGGCUGUGGACGGCUUCACCCGCUACCUGCUCUCCCCCGACUGCUCCAUCUUCGACCCGCAGCACCGCCGGGUGUGCCAGGACAUGACGCAGCCCCUGUCCCACUACUACAUCAGCUCGGCCCACCGUGCCGCCCUGCGCAUGGGCUGCCGCAGCCUGGAGCUGGUGGUGUGGGACGGCCCGGAGGGCGAGCCCCUGGUCUCUGGGGGCCGCUCGGCCGCCUCCCGCGUGGCCUUCCGCAGCGCGGUGGGCGUGAUCGACCGGUACGCCUUCGAGGUCUCCGACUACCCCCUCAUCCUGUGCCUGGCCGUGCGCUGCUCCCCGGCCCAGCAGAGGCUGAUGGCCCAGUGCCUGAGGAAAACCCUGGGCGCCAAGCUGUACCUGGACACCCCCGCCCCCGAGGAGGCCUUCCUGCCCUCCCCGGAGACACUCAAGGGCAAGAUCCUCAUCAAGGGCAGGAAGCUGCCGCCCAAUUGCCACGAGAGCGAGGGGGAGGUGACGGACGGCACCCGCCGGGGGGGCGGGCCACGCAGGCUGCGGCUGAGCAGGGAGCUGUCGGACCUGGUGGGCCUGUGCCAGGCAGUGCCCUUCCGGGAUUUCGAGGCCUCGCGGCGCGGGCAGCGGUACUGGGAGCUCUGCUCCUUCAGCGAGGUGGAGGCCGGGCGCUUCGCCAGCGAGUCCCCCGCGGAGCUGGUGAGCUACAACAAGCGGUUCCUGUCGCGGGUCUACCCCAGCCCUCUGCGCAUCGACGCCAGCAACAUGAACCCGCAGGACUUCUGGAAGUGCGGCUGCCAGAUGGUGGCCAUGAACUUCCAGACGCCGGGGCUCAUGAUGGACCUGAACACGGGCUGGUUCCGGCAGAACGGGGCCUGCGGGUACGUGCUGCGCCCCGCCGUCAUGCGGGAGGAGGUGUCCUACUUCAGCGCCAAUGCCAAGGACUCGCUGCCCGGCGUGCCGGCCCAGCUGCUCCACCUCAAGGUGAUCAGCGGGCAGAACCUGCCCAAGCCCCGGGGCUCGGGCGCCAAGGGCGACGUGGUGGAGCCCUACGUCUGCGCCGAGAUCCACGGCAUCCCGGCCGACUGCGCCGAGCGGCGCACCAAGACGGCGCUCGAAAGCGCCCCCAGCGUCACGCUGAACCUGGGCCAGCAGUACCCCCCCAUGGAGGCCCAGGGGCCCGUCCCGGAGCUGCUCCGCAAAGUGCUCACCGCCUAUGAGACCCACUAA